UCAUAAAAACCCUAAUAUUUUUGAAUUAUGGCCAACCCAUUAUUUUUAUCAUAAUUUUUUUUUGAUAUGAAAUACCAGCAAAUUUUUUUUUUUAAUGUAUUUCAAUUUAAUGAUACAUUCACCCAUAAAAAAAUCCUACUUUACUUCGUACACUCUCAUAAAAUAGGAAAAUUCAAACAUUUUUUAAUAAUAUAGUAAGAUAUUUUACAUUCUUUUUCGAAUUUCAAGUAAUAAUCGAAUAAUUUUUGUUAGAAUCCGGCAAACAACUAAAGAUCUUUUUGAUCAAUGAUUUAGAAAAAUAUAUAUUAAUUUAUUUUGGUGAUUUGUUUUCCUUUAUUUUUCUCCAUCAAUAGAAUUUAUAAACAUUACUAUAAAGUAAACUUUGUCUUUUAUCGCAAUUAAUUUUCUAUUUGAAUACUAGGACUUCAGUAUUACAAAGUACCACAAUAGCAAAUAAAACAAUGUGUGAAUUGCUUCGUCUUAAUUUAGUAACCAAGAAGCAGUCGGAUAUUUUCAAAAAAACGUGUGUAGGAUCUGUUUCAACUUCUGCCACUGUAUCCGAUGUAUCCGUGUUCCAUGAUCCCAUAAAACAUCCAUCAACAUUCAACACUUUUAGUUGGUCGUUUUAUCGUGAUAAAUUAUCUCAUAUAAAGCCUUACUUAUGUCGACCUCGCUUUUGGCCUGCAUCUCAUAAACGGCAAUCUAGACUUUUCUCAAAAAAAUCAGUUCUAAGUAUAAAAUCUACCACAUCGAAAAACUUUACAGAAGAUCAGUUUAAUGUGGAUGCAUUAUUUGAACACCAAAAACAAAAUUCUCAUAAAGUUCCAUCACAAAAAAGCGAUUACUCGCCUACAAAAUGUUUUAUGGCGUCCUGUUUUUCAAGUUAUGGGUCAGGAUCAGUUCGACAUUCCCGUAGGCGUGCUUCCUCUAUAUCACAGAGUACUUUGUUAGCACCACUAGAACCUGACUUACCAUCACAUAAAACUCAUGUAGCAGCUCAUCAACUGGGGAUAAAAGAAGUUGCGAUCCACUCCAGUAGACGCCGACUAUCCUUAAGCCAAUCAGAUCCUGUUGGCUUUGUUGAAGAAGAACAUGAAAGAGGAACUUGUCUUGUUAGUGAAGCAUUGAAAGAAGUUAACGAAAAAAAACGGUUAAAUAACAAAAGUGCAACAAAACGUAAUAAUAACCAACGUAAUGCAGUACGAACACUCAACGGGCAGAGAUUGAGUGUUACUGGUUUGCCUGCCUCCAUGCCACAACAAGAGUUUGAAAAAAAAAUCUAUAAGAUUUUCGCGAGUUGUCAAGAAGUCGAUGAUGUAUGGUUAUCUAGUAUCGGAAUAGGCUACACUUGUCGAAAAGGUUUGAAACCUGAAAGCCCAAAUCAAGACGAUUUUUUCAUUUUUGUAAUGGAAGAUUGGGCGCUGUACGGGGUUUUCGAUGGUCAUGGACCGUUUGGACAUGACAUUUCAAAUUUUGUUCAAAAACGUCUGCCUCGUCUUAUCUAUGAAAACACGUACUUUGAAAAAAAUGCUAAACAGGCGCUUUGGUUCUCAUUCAUUAUGGUUCAAAAACUUCUUGAAAUUGAAUCAGGUUGUCGCAAUACAUUCAGUUGUGUUUUAAGUGGAUGUACGGCUACAGUUGCACUACAUCAGAAAGUAGAAAAUAAAUUAUAUGUAGCUCACGUAGGAGACUCCCGCUGUGUUUUAGGACGCCAUAGCCAAAAUGGUACUUAUGCCUUUUUUUCAUUCAUUUUGCGAUUAAAAGAACAAAAUGGAUAUUUAGGAAUUACGGCAGUAGACUUGACGAUUGAUCAUAAACCAAACAAUGAAGCUGAAAGGCGUCGUAUUUUGGAACGUGGAGGAGAGCUACGCAAACUAGAGGGAGACCUGUCGUAUCGAAUUUUUCUUAAAAAAAAACAAUUUCCUGGUCUUGCUAUAUCAAGAGCCAUAGGGGAUACAGCAGGAGCUCAAGCCGGAGUUAGUUGUGAACCAGAUAUUAGAGAAUAUACAUUAAAUUCACGAGACACUUUCAUCAUACUGUGCUCGGAUGGUGUUUGGGAAUUUUUGAGCUCAAAAUUUGUCGUGGAGCUUGUUUACUGCAAUGGACCCGACGCCGUGCAACUUAGUGCGGAUAUGAUAGCACGAGAGGCAUGGGAGAGAUGGAUAGAAGAAGGAAAUGUAGUUGAUGAUAUCACUGUUGAAAUUAUUUAUCUUUAAAAUUCAAUUACUCUAGUUUUGGAGUUAUACGGGGGUCAGUAUGAAAUCGACACAAUGACGACAACCUGUUUUUAAAAACAGAUAUAGCUUUGUAUUUAUUAUUAUUUUUACGUUUUGAUAGCUUCCCAUACUGAACCAGAACCCGUUGAAAACGUGGAUAAAACCUAUUGUGUUUUUUAUUUUAUUAUCGCAACAAACCAAACUUUUGUUUUACUUGAUAAGGGAAAACACCUAUUCAACUUAAAA